ACGAUAUUAACUCGUCACCCAUCACAUCUGCUUGACGUUAAAGGGUCCCCGACCGUCUCCAAACGCGCAAAGGAGCGCAGAUCGAUCCUAUUGGCCGGAAAUAUGAAUCAUCUUGUGGUGUAAUGACGAACGAGAUCACGACUGCUGGGGUCUAUAUAAACUCCAGAGGUGGAGACCACUCAGUCAAAAAGCUACGAGACGACGUAGAUCACAACACACACACUUUUGGGUCAAGUGCGCAUAGUGUUGUGCGUAAUGGAGAGGUCCGUCAGAUCAGUGCUGGUGUUCGUGGCUGUUUCCGUACUCAUCUGCUGUCAACCAACAGACGCCUGGUACAAGCAGUCUACCGGUCCGAGCUAUUAUUCUGUCGGGAGAGCUUCUGGUUUGCUGUCGGGGAUACGGAGAUCGCCGUAUGUGCGCAGAUCUGAGACCGAUCCAACGAUGGACAGCGGCGAGACCACCGGCGUCUCCAACAGCGUGAUGCCCGACUCAAGCAGCAGACAAACUUCAGUCCUUAAAAACAUGGCUAUUUGCGUAAAGGACAUUUCUCCGAACCUGCAGAGCUGCGAGUUGGUUCGGGACGGUUCGAGCACAUUUCGGUGUAAAGCAGACGUGUUGCUCUCUCUGGACUCGCUGGACUGCUUCACCUCGUGAAGAGAGCGCGCGCCCGUCCCUCCCCAACCCAAAAUCUCUUCCAUUACUGGAGUUUUAACAGCCAAAGCAGUGAGGCGCACUGUUGACAUUGAAUGUUUACUUGAUUUACACCAGACGUGUUUAAUGUUGCUCCUAAAGAUCUGCUUUUCUGCUAAAUUUAUAACCUAACCCUGUGGUAAUACACCUGACUAUCAUUUUCUGUGAAUUAUUUUAACAGAAAUAACGUUAUAUAAAAUUAUUUAAAACAAAUUAGUGUACGUCUAGAAUCUUAAGGGCCGUUCACAUUAUAACGAUAAAUUUUAAAUAUCGUUUAGAAUUGAUACGAAUGUGAUGAACGAUAAACCAAUGACAAUGCCAAUCAGAUCUAUUUGACCGUCAAGUGCACGCGCGUUUGAAACGACCGUUGACACUGUGGAAAAGCGUUGCUGAGGUCCUUUACAUAAAAUUACCUCAUGUAUCCAGCGCUGAUGCAGUUGCCGUAAAAUUGACUACGUAAUGCUUUUAUUCUACUACAUUGACUGCCAAAAGGUAAGAUAUUAAAUUUCGCAAACUACUAAGUUCACUGUUUAGAGUUACGCAAACGCAGCGUGUUGAGGACAUCUGCUGGUUAACUUAGCCUCUGUGUAAAUGCAACAAGAACAACAUAUGUACAGUUACAUUUAAUGACGUGAACAAUUUCAAGCGUUUUUAUUUUUUAUUAAAGGACAUAUACAAAAUUAGUUAAUGCCAUUGAAGGUAAAUGAUUUGCGGGAGUAGGCUAUGCGCCUCGCGAGCGAAUUAGCAGCAUAAAGUUAUCGUUCGGUUGUGUGGACGCUAACAUGGUUAUCGUUAUAAUGUUAACAGCCCUUUCCACUGACGUAAAUUCAAUACAGUAGCCUAUAUGACGUAUGCAUGUAUUAUUUACUUUAAAAAUAUGGUUUUUGUACAAAAGUUCGAUUUUAAUAGUCACCGAUCAAUUCUGUUACUUAAGAAAAGAGUAAAUAAAGUGGAAUCAAUUCGAAGUCACACCACAUUCAGUGUGAACGCAUUUUGACUGAUUUUUUCGUUCAGGUGUGUUCAAUUCAGGGUUUGAUCUAGAUUCUGCAGAAAAAAAAAGAUCUCCAUUGGCACCACUAAGCACUCCUGGUUCACACUACAUGAAGUUCGCUGCUAUUAAAAAAGUAAAAAGGAUAAUUUUUGUUAUAUGCCCACCCAUCUCUGUACCUACUUCCAGAUAUAUUAAAUAUUCAUAAAAGGGUUUACUGUUAUAAGCAUAAACUUUAAAAGAUGUUUUCUUUAUUUUAUUAAACUUGACAGAUAUACUGUU